UUUUGUGUCGGUAGCGGACCGGUGAGGGUUAAUGUGUGUGUGCGCAUGCGUGUGUCAACUGGUUCCCACACACAAGUCUGGGACUCGCAGGCGAUCGACUCACAGAAGACAGAAGGUGAACCAGCAACUGCCACACUGCGACACAAAAAGCAGAAAAAUGGGGAAAGGCUGCAUCACAGUUACGAAGUACUUUCUUUUCCUCUUCAACCUCCUCUUCUUUGUUUUUGGAGCGUUGAUCAUGGGAUUUGGACUAUGGGUUCUGUUUGACAACCAGAGCUUCAUUGCAGUUCUACAGGAGUCAUCAGAGACGGUGAAGGUGACCUCCUACAUCCUCAUCGGUGUGGGCUCGCUAUCAAUGGCCAUGGGUUUCUUCGGCUGCAUUGGCGCCAUCUACGAAGUCCGCUGUCUUCUGGGUUUGUAUUUCACCUGCCUCCUCCUCAUCCUCAUCGCCCAGGUGACCGCUGGGGUCCUCAUCUACUUCCAGAGAGAUCGGUUGAAGCACGAGAUGUCCAACAUCAUCAAGGGAAUGAUCAUCAACUACACCGGCCAGAACAGGACAUCAGAGGACACGUGGGACUACAUUCAGAGGACGAUGAAGUGUUGUGGCUGGACCGGUCCCGGCAACUGGUCUGAGAACCUUCUGGUGAAGAACAGCACCCAGAACCUGUAUCCAUGCUCCUGUCGCAACGACACUCUGCCUGGUACGGACGUCAGGACGGGGGGUCUCUGUGAGCACCUGUCCUCGGACCUACCCGUCUAUGAAACGGGCUGCAUCACCAGGGUGGAGAAAUGGCUGCUGGAUAACUGCGUGGUUAUUCUGGGGAUCUGCCUGGGCAUCGCUGUCAUUGAGCUCCUCGGGAUGAUCCUUUCCAUGUGUCUGUGCAAGAGCGUCGUCCAGGAGGAUUACACCAAAGUCCCCAAGUACUGAGAGAGCCACACUUGCAUCGGUUCUUCCCCCCCUACCACACACACACACACACACACACCUGCACACACACUCUUGACAACACUUUGACCUGAAGUCGACGCAGAACUGCGACCCGCCGGCAGGGGGCGACAGCUGCCUCCAACAUGAAAACCAGCAACUUUGAAAUUUGGACCCUCAGCUUCUGUGGACACUGUUGUAGAACUUUGUUCUCAAGUUAUCGUCGUUCUCUUAUGAUUUUAUGAGAUGUUUCUUGUUAUGUUUUGGUUGAAGUUUGAUAUUUUGCUGCUUAGCAAAUGUGUGUUUGUUGCUCUCCCUGACCAUCCUUGAGAUGAAGCGCUUACGUAGAAGACCUUAGUGACUGGACCGCUGAAGACUCCAGGGUCCACCUGAUGAUGAGUUUGGGGUGUGUAAUCCUCCGCUCUGAUCCUACCGCUGCUAUUUUCAGGGCCGAGGGUGGGGCGGAGUAGUGUGGGCUGAGCUGCUGUGGUGAAGUUUGGGGCUUUUCAUCAGCUCCUGACCCCGGACUUAACCCUCCCUUACAUCCUCCUCCCUCACAAUUGUCCAGCAGUUUCUAAAUCCGCACCAAGUUUGUGUGUCUUUGCUGGGAAAUCUGGGGAGGAUUUUUUAACCAGAAAUGUGUGUCAGCGUUUGUGCAGCAGCCCAGUUCUCCUGAAUCAGCUGCCUUGACCGCUUUGUCUUUCAGCAUUUCAAUGAAAUCCCAGCGAAUGGAACAAGUAGUCCAAAAAUGGCCAUUAGCUAUUGCGCUUCUGUCUCGCUCCCCGUCAUUACUCCGUCGUCUCAGCAUUCUGCUUCAUUUCAGACGCGCAUUUUCGGCUGCAUUUCUGUGUUUUGGUUUGUAGUAUCACCCCACAAUCACAAGCGAGAGGAACUCAGCCACCCUUGUAAAAGACUUCCUUUGUUUCUGUGUUUUUAGAUUUGCUAGAAUUUACAGCAUUUAUUUAAAUAUUAUGUAAAAUGAAGGCUUUUUUUUUAUGUGAUCUGAAUAUUUUAUACACUUUUGAAAAGAGAAAUGAAUUGUGUGGAUGUGUAAGCCAUGUUGAAACAGAUUUGUAUUUCUUUAAUAUUGAAAAGUAGAAAUAAAACUGAACU